UUUAUAGUUCUUUUCUCUUUGGUCACACAUUAAUUGUAAGUUAUAAAAUUGUAAAAUUAGCUUCAUAAGUCGAAUUUACUUUAACACUGUCUAAAAUGUUUGGAUGAGAUGGAAAAAAUAGCGGAAAAUCCAGCCUUUCAGGAACAGCGUUCCUAUCUGUUACAGUUAUUAAGGUAUUGCAGGAUCGUAGGCUUGGCGAAAGCUGCAUGUGUGGGUCUUUGUAGGAGAAUUUCAGCCAUGGCACAACACACAUUCAUCGACAUCGGGGUGAACCUGACAGAUCCCAUGUUCAGAGGACUCUACAGAGGGAAGCAGAAACAUGACGAUGACUUCAAUGAGAUCAUCGACCGAGCUCUCAGAGUAGGAGUUGAAAAGUUUAUGAUCACAGGGGGGAGCCUUGAAGACAGCAAGGAAGCUGUCAAAUUAGCUGUGACCAGAGAGGAGUUCUUCUGUACAGUUGGCUGCCAUCCCACCCGUUGCAGUGAGUUUGAGCAGAAUGGAGAAUCCCAGUACUUCACGGGGCUGAGGGAGCUGGCAGUGGCACACAGAGGCAAGGUAGUGGCCAUCGGAGAGUGUGGACUGGAUUUUGACAGGCUGGAAUUUUGUCCAAAAGAAACUCAAAUCAAAUACUUUGAGAAGCAGUUUGACUUGGCAGAGGAGACCAAGCUGCCUAUGUUCCUCCACUGUAGAAACUCCCAUCAGGAGUUCAUUGACAUCAUGAAGAGAAAUCGAGACAGAUGUGUUGGAGGAGUAGUCCAUUCUUUUGAUGGAACUGCAGAAGAUGCUGCUGCCCUCAUUGACCUGGACCUCUACAUUGGGAUAAAUGGAUGUUCCUUAAAAACUAAGGCCAACAUUGAAGCUAUGAAGUCGAUCCCCACAGAGAGGCUCAUGAUAGAAACAGAUGCCCCAUGGUGUGGUGUGAAGAACACUCAUGCCGGAUCCAAAUAUAUUAAAACUACAUUUCCUACCAAAAAGAAGUGGGAGGCAGGACACUGUCUGAAGGACAGGAAUGAGCCCUGUCAUAUCAUACAAGUCCUGGAGGUGAUGGCAGCAGCAAGGGAAGAGGAUCCACUGGAGCUGGGCAACACAAUCUACAACAACACUGUUAAAGCCUUCUUCAGCUCAAGCUGAUGAUCAAUAACAAUAUCAGAAUUACUGACAGGCCAUUAGUACACUUUUAGGAAUCUGUUUGUGUACCAUUUAUGUGUUUUAUGUAUAUUCAGCUGUACUUUUGUUACAUUUGGAAUAUAAUAGCCCUUUAUUGUCAUUGUACAUGGUACAACAAAAUUUUUAGUGUUUACUAUGAUUAAGAUACAGAUAUACAGUCAUCUGUUAAUGCAAAAUAAAAAUAAGGGACAUAUCACUUAUGUUUAGAAAAAUUAAUUCUUAUUGAGGUCAUUUGUAGAGAAUACCGCUACAUAUUAAUGCAGAUUUUACCAUCAUACACAGUGGCUUGCAAAAGUAUUCAUACCCCUUGAACUUUUCCAUAUUUUGUCACAUUACAACCACAAACAUAAAUAUAUUUCACUGGAAUUUAAUGUGAAAGACCAACACAAAGUGGUGUACAAUU